UCCAUUUCACUAUGAUUGUGAUGUUUAUUGAAAUUCCACACAGAAGUGGACAACUCUAUGUUAUUUUUAAUAACCAUAAGUUAGGCAACUAAGCCUCCUUGUUUUUUCUUCACAAUUUUGUUCCUACUUCUCUAUGGCUGUCGUCCUGCUUGUGUUGCUUGUGUUAUUGCUGACAGAGCCAGGAUUUUCACAGACAGACAACCACGAUAACGAUACUAACGAUCGCAUCGGAUUUUUUUGUGGCCGCAACGCGGUAACAAGUCUGCCAAAUUUUGCCAAGAAUCGAAACGCCACGCUUAAUGAUCUCAGAAUGCAAUUGUUAAGCAAUCGGGUAGUUUAUGCGAAAGCACAGGCUUUGAGUGCUGGAGACCCGGUGUUCGCAGCAGCCCAGUGCCGGAACUACCUCUCGGUGGAUCGGUGUGUGGCUUGUUUUGACGCUGGUGUUUCUGAAUUGACCAACUGCUCAGCUGCAAAUGGUUAUGUUAUUUUUGAUAACUGCUUUAUCAGGUAUGAGGACUUCGAUGAGUUCUACACCGACCCAUAUUUUAUGAUGGAUGGGACCGGCUCUCAAUAUUUAUCAUGUGGCAAUAAUCAAUCAACAUCUCGACCAACUUUUAAUCAAGGUGUGGAUGGACUUUUAUCGAAUAUCAAAGAUGCUACUCCUAAAACCUCUAAUUACUAUGUAGCAUCCAUAACACAAGUCACAAGUGAAAAUGCAACAGUGUAUGCUACUGCACAGUGUAUUGCAAAUAUAAAUCAGACCAUUUGCCAAACCUGCAUGAAUGCAGCAUAUGACAAGUUAACCACUUGCUUGCCAAGCACUCAAGGACGGUUUUCCGACAUGGCUUGUUUCGUAAGGUACUCAGAGCUUCCAUUUUUCGAUGACAACCAGACCACAGAUAUCACAACUGUCUUAAAAGGACAUUCAAGAAAGCUGGUAGCCAUAGUAGCGGCAGCCGUUGGUGGUGUGGUUCUUUUCUUCCUUAUCCUUGUUUUGUGGUUAUUCUACCGACGAAAGAAGUCGAAGAAAACUGCACAAGGGCCAUCGGAUUUGAACGGGGCAGUAUAUUACGAUUAUAAAGAUCUGAAGUUGGCAACCGAUAAUUUCAGCCAAGCAAAUGUUCUAGGGAAAGGAGGUUUUGGUGAAGUGUUCAAGGCAAUCCUUGAUGACAAGAAUAUCGUGGCAGUGAAGAGAAUUCAAGUACAACAUGCUGGAGGAAAAGAAGAAUUUGAGAAUGAAGUGAAACUUAUAAGCAACAUUCAACAUCGGAAUCUUCUGCGUCUCCUUGGAUGGUCUAGCCAAGGAUCUCAUCUACUUCUAGUCCUCGAGUAUAUGCCAAAUGGAAGUCUUGAUAGAUUCUUAUGGGGCGCGCAAAGGGGGACUUUGGACUGGAACCAACGAUAUGAGAUAAUAUUGGGGAUAGCUAGGGGUCUUGCUCAUCUACACGAUGAGUUCCAUUUCAAAAUCGUUCAUAGAGAUAUCAAAUCAAGCAACAUCCUCCUUGGUGAUGAUUUUAGGCCCAAAAUAGCAGAUUUUGGGUUGGCAAGGUUUCAACCGGAGGGCCAAUCUCAUGUUAGCACUCGGUUUGCCGGGACAUUGGGAUACACGGCACCAGAAUAUGCACUUCAGGGUAUUCUAUCGGAUAAAGUUGAUACUUACAGCUUUGGAAUCGUGAUUCUUGAGAUCAUUAGUGGUAGAAGGAGUACUGAAUUAAGACCCUAUGGAUCAUCUACCUGCUACCUCCUGGAAGAUGCAUGGGAAAUGUACGAGAACACAAAACACAUUAAUGUGAUUGACGAAACAUUGAACUUGAACAAAUACGAACAUGAACAUGUGACGAAGAUCAUAGAGAUUGCCUUGUUGUGCACGUCGUCCCCAGCUUCGGAUAGACCGAUCAUGUCAGAAGUGGUUUCCAUGCUUCAGGAGGGCAAGUCAUCGGGGAAAAUACAACUAACGAGACCUACUUUUUUAAGAUAUGAAGAUAGGAGGAUUCGCAUAAGCCAUGCAAAUCCAAAGGACAUGGAUACAACUCAAGAACUACAGACAGAUACGGAGAUGACAAAUUAGAUAUAACCAAGAAGGCGUUUAAUAUUGCAUAGAUCUUGUAGUUAUACCUUUUAACAGCGGAUUGAAUGAGUUGUAGCAUGUGCUACAACUCAACCCCGUAUUCGUAUUCGCAGUGUAAUUUUUUUUCGGUUUUAUACAUAGCAUACCCUAAAACAUAUACGAGGAUACCCCUAAAAGAAAAUUAUGAAACUUGAUAUUAUUCAUUAA